GUCACAAAAUCCAACAACCCAAACUCACCAACCCUCCAUUCUCAAAAUCCUCCUCCUACCAAAUCUUACAUUUUUAUUAGCUCAAUCUCUUCUUCAUCUCUUUCAAGCUCUACCCACUUUUUGUUUUCUAAGUUUUCAAAGCUUUCAUGGCUUCUUCCAUUACAUCCAAGCCUUUCCUUGGAGCUACUAAACCCAAUUCUUCUCUUUCUCCUGAUCUUCAAAGACUUUCUUUUUCCUCUCUUCGCAUCUCAAUCAAACCAAGAACCCACAAAAAGCUUCAGAUACAAGCAGCUGGGAGCACAUUUGGAAAUUAUUUCCGUGUUACAACUUUUGGAGAAUCUCAUGGAGGUGGUGUUGGUUGUAUAGUUGAUGGAUGUCCUCCUAGGAUUCCUCUCUCAGAAGCUGAUUUGCAAGGUGAUCUUGAUCGAAGGAGGCCAGGUCAGAGCCGAAUUACCACCCCAAGGAAAGAGACAGACACAUGCCGAAUAUAUUCUGGAGUUUCUGAAGGAGUGACUACUGGAACACCAAUCCAUGUACUUGUACCAAAUACUGAUCAGAGAGGACAUGAUUACAAGGAAAUGUCAAUAGCUUAUAGGCCAUCUCAUGCUGAUGCCACUUAUGACAUGAAAUAUGGUGUCAGGGCAGUGCAGGGUGGUGGUAGAUCAUCGGCCAGAGAAACCAUUGGAAGAGUUGCCUCUGGAGCUAUUGCUAAGAAAAUUCUCAAGCUGUUUUCAGGAACUGAGGUUCUUGCCUAUGUCUCUCAAGUUCACCAGGUUGUUCUUCCAGAUGGCUCAGUUGACCAUGACACUGUAACUCUUGAUCAGAUAGAGAGCAAUAUUGUGAGGUGCCCAAAUCCUGAUUACGCUGAGAAAAUGAUUGCUGCUAUUGAUGCUGUGCGGACAAGAGGAAAUUCUAUUGGCGGAGUUGUCACAUGCAUAGUGAGGAAUGCUCCACGUGGGCUUGGUUCACCAGUUUUUGAUAAGCUUGAAGCGGAGCUUGCUAAGGCUGUAAUGUCACUACCUGCAACCAAAGGCUUUGAAUUUGGGAGUGGAUUUGCAGGUACUUUGUUGACCGGUAGUGAACAUAAUGAUGAGUUCUAUACUGAUGAACAUGGAAGAAUAAGGACAAGAACAAAUCGCUCCGGUGGGAUACAGGGUGGAAUAUCCAAUGGGGAAAUUAUAAAUAUGAGAGUAGCUUUCAAGCCAACAGCUACAAUUGGUAAGAAACAGCACACAGUGACUCGAGAAAAAGAAGAGAUAGAACUACUAGCCCGCGGUCGUCAUGAUCCUUGUGUUGUCCCUCGAGCGGUGCCGAUGGUUGAAGCGAUGGUAGCGUUGGUGCUUGUGGACCAAUUAAUGGCACAAUAUGCACAAUGUAACCUUUUCCCUAUCAAUUCGGAGUUACAAGAACCGUUGAACUUGGAACCGGCAAAUUUAUAGACUUGAAUGGUUGCAGAACCGGUAACAUCGCCCCUUGCUUUCAUCAACUAGAAUUUUCUUAAAUACUCCAUUUUGCAUGAGAAUGUUGUGGUUUUAAUGUUUUUGUCAACACCUAGUGGAAGAGUUUGUUGCCAUUUCUUUGUAAUAAAAAUUCUAUUAUAAAUAUAGGAGAUUGCUUUAUUUCCACUUAGCUUGUAAACCAAUAAUAAAUCAAUGUUGAAGAAUCAUGAAAUGUUUUCA